CCACUAAGUUCAGAAUGGAAUACGGAGUUCAAACACACAACAAAUUCGCUUUUUUGGAUGAGGACGUUAGUGAUCCGGAGGAAACUUUGACAAAGGCAGAGGAAGAAAAAAAGAAAGCGGCCGCUGUUCCUCAUAAGAAAAUUUCGAAACCUCUGGUUUCUGCGAAAACUUUGGUCGCUAAGGAUGCUGCUAAGCCAGUCGUUGAGAAGAAGGAUGGAGCUGAUCAACCGCAAAGACAAACGGUUCGAUUCGUGCCUGGUGAGCGAGGUGGGGCAAAUAAUCGUGAGCCGCGUAAUGAUCAAGGAACAAAAUGGAUUGAAAAUCGUCCGCAACAGCGUCGUCCUCCAAAUUCACAGAGAGAUGGUACUGGUACUGAUGGUUUUACUGAAAAGCGCCUUACUAAUGGUCGUCCGCCUCGUAAUGAUGUUGGUCAGAGGCGUGAAGUUAAGGGUGGUCCUGAUGGUGAGCGCCCACCAAAUAGGGGUGGUCCUCAGCGCGGAAGUGGUGGUGGGCGUGGUGAUGGAAACGAUGGUGGCUUCCGUGAUCGUAACUUCCGCCAGGGUGGACAGCGUCGUCCGCGAGUAACUGAAAUCAAGGAAGAAAACAAUGAGAAGAAUGCUUUUGAAAUAUCUGAGGAUAAGCCGCCGGAAGAUGCUUUCGCUCCGAAUGAGAAAAUUGAUGGCGAUCAGAAGGAGAAUUCUGAAAAUGUUGAGAACGCGGUUCCAAAGGAUGAAGAAAAGAACGAAGAUGCUGCGCCUGAAGAACAAGUUCCUCGCGGGAAAACUUAUGAAGAAUGGAAAGCUGAGCUUAACCAAAAAUCUUUGGAGGCUGUUCAGUUCAAGACUCGACAGGCAGGCGAAGGAGCUGAUGAGAAGAUUUAUCAAAAGUUGGUUCCGCUUAAGAUGGAUAAGAAAUCGUCAGAGGGAGGAAAGAAGCAAGAGGACGACGAAAUCGCUCAGCAUAAGGAGAAACGUGAGAAGAUUAUUUCUGUUGACCUUGCAUUUGCGGAUAAACGCUCUACAUUCGUUCGCCAGGACUUUCGUGGUGAUGGACGCGCAUUUGGUGGAAGUGACCGGCAAGGCCAGAAAGGCGGCCCCCGUGGGUCUGCGCCUAGUGGCGGAUUUCGGAACAACUAUGGUGGUGCUGGAUCUUCAAGGCGUCCGCAAGGCAAAUCUGCUCAGGAUGGAUUUAUGUUAGAAAGUGAUCAGUUCCCUGCACUCGGAGCCCAUUGA